UCUAUGCUGUGCUGUGACAUUUAUAAAUAUUUGUGACAGAAGGAAGUGUCAAUGAACGCGAGUUUAAAUAAUUUUUCUAUUUAAAUAUUACAAUUUACGAUGGCUGGUAAUUUCUGGCAGAGUUCUCACCAUCAACAAUGGAUACUAGAUAAACAGGAUCUUAUACGAGAUCGUCAACAUGAUUUGGGAAUACUGUCUGAAGAAGAGUACCAGAAAAUAUUCAACUUCUUUGCAAGCAUAAUUCAGGUUUUGGGUGAACAGUUAAAACUUCGUCAACAAGUUAUAGCCACAGCUACAGUGUACUUUAAGAGAUUUUAUGCAAGAAAUUCUUUAAAAUGUAUUGAUCCGUUGUUACUUGCACCAACGUGCGUGUUCCUUGCAUCUAAAGUGGAAGAAUUUGGUGUUAUCUCAAACUCACGACUAAUAACUACUUGCCAAACAGUAAUUAAAAACAAAUUUAGUUAUGCGUACGGCCAGCAGGAAUUUCCGUACAGAACUAAUCAUAUCUUGGAGUGUGAGUUCUAUUUAUUGGAAAAUUUAGACUGCUGUUUGAUUGUAUAUCAGCCAUACAGACCUCUACUGUUGUUUGUACAAGAUAUUGGACAGGACGAUCAGCUGUUGACUUAUGCUUGGAGAAUUGUUAAUGAUUCACUGAGAACUGAUGUCAGCUUGUUGUACCCACCCUAUCAGAUAGCAAUAGCUGCACUGCAUAUUGCAUGUGUGAUGCUGAACAAAGAAAACCACAAGCCAUGGUUUGCUGAACUCAAUGUUGACAUGGACAAGAUCCAGGAGAUAGUGAGAUCUAUCAUCAAUUUAUAUGAGAUGUGGAAGAGCUAUGAUGAGAAGAAGGAAAUACAAGCCUUGUUAGUUAAGAUGCCCAAACCAAAGCCCGCACCCCAAAGAUAAUACUUACUGACAUUCAAGUGGUCUAUGAUUACUGUGAUCAGUCAGAAAGAAUAGGUUUUAUAUAAUGGUGGCCAGAGACAAGAUAAAUGUGGAUGGUAUGUUAGAGGCAUGUUAAUGGUAGUGUUUAGAAAGCCUAGAACUAUGUUUGUAUUUCUUUUUUAAAUCUCAGUAGGUUCUAUAUUUAAAAUAACUUUUGAUGUUGAUUAAAAUUCAGGUAUUCUUGUUUGUGUGAAAUGUAAAAAUGAAUUAAUAGAACUGCAAUAAUUGUGAUGAUGUUAUAGAUUUCAUUUUCAAACUUCUGCUGCAUAAAAAUACAUAACUAUGUCAGCAGUUUCCCAUAAAUCCUGACAACUUUCUGUAAACUCAAAUAGAUAUACAAAUAAAUAAUGUGAAAUAAAAUAAAACUAAUAUUUUCACUAACAAAAAAAAACUAACUGUAAAUAGAUGUAUUUUCAUUUUAAAUUAACAUUAGAAAUAUGUUCCUACAAUCUUGACUGUAUUUGUAAAGGGUACUGACUACUUCUUGACAAUGUAUUAAUUAGUUAUAUAAUUUUAAGAGAAAAAUGUAUUUUGAACUAAAUAUUUAUUUAAGUUAGAUGUUAAUUAACUAGAAAACCCAACUCAAUCAAAUCUACGAGAUCAGCAAGGUGGC